AUGUCGCAAUCACCACCAGAAGACAGCGGUGGGAUGCCACCAGAACGCAAACGCAAACGCUCCGAGGAGGGAGACGUGGGCGUGUUUGUCGACAUCCCGCAGCCGUCGAGCUCGGCCAUGCAGGCGUUUCAUGCGGCGCAACACAGCCAACCGGGCACGCAAGUCUCGUUGCCAGCGUCGAUAUUCGACGGUCUCAUCAACCCAACCGCCGCAGCUGAAUCCCACUCGGAGUACGUUCCCUCCAGCCAUGCGGAUUCGUCGGUGGCCGUGGCGGAGGCGAUGCGGCCAUUGCCGGCGAUGGACGUGCGCGCGUUCGAGCCGUUCCUUGACGACACGACGGGCAUGGAUCUCGACCGGGCAGAGAAGGUGCUGCAACAACGUGUGGACAGCUCGCCGGUGGAGUCGUUCUCGCCUGCCGAAGUGGUGAAACCCCAGGAUGUGCCCAGGGUGGGUGCAUGGGUGUUGCCCGAGCUCACCGAGGAGAAUGCGAAUCCAAUGCUGCCCGAUUAUACGUCGCAGGAGGUGCUCAGCCAGAUUCCGUACCCGAUUCUGGACAGGGAGGAGGAAGAGGCGCAGCAGAUGGGGUCGCAACCAUCGCCCGAGCGGCAAAGGUCCUCGCCAGCGCCAGUCCAAUCGACUCCAGCAAACCCAGUGAUGCAGUCGGAGCCAGAGAUGGUGCUUACGCAGCCCAUCCCCGACGCGCCCGAAUCCACGCCCGCACUGCCACCACCCACCGCGGUUGCGAGCCAGGUGGAUGCUUCGUCCGGCUCGUCGACGAGCUCCUUGGGCUGGUCGGCUCUCCCCCGCCGCGAGGUGAUUGAGCUUGUGCAUCGCUCCCCGCACAUCCCCGAACUUCUCAAGGACGAGAUCGAGCGAUUCAUCAUGCGCGCCUCGCGCACCGCCGCAAAACCGCGCCAAUCUCGUGGAUGCCACUCGCAAUCGCGCAGCAACGACGAUUCGGAAACGCAGGAGGACGGCGUACUGCGCACGAAAAAAGUAUGGUGCAUGGACCUGCUCCUCCUCUCACCCUCCUCGUCUCAAAUGGUAGGCUCCGAGUUGGUGCAGAGGUUGACGCAGCAGACGCAGAGUCAGUCGCAAUCGACACGGGGUGCGGUGGCGGUGAUCCUCAUGCUCGAUACGCACGAGUGUACGUUUGACGUGCACGAGCUCGACGAGUCGCUCGCCGCCGUGCUGCGUGCGGAUCGUCGAUACAGUGUGCAGUUCGAUGCCGAGGGUAGGCGAUGGAAUCCAACCACGGCUGGGGUGGAGGAUGAAGGCGAGGCUCGAAGCAGUGCAUUGGAGCAACGGGUCGAAGCGUUACUGCAAGAGGUGGAAAAGCUGGGGGAAGAGAAAAAGGUGGUGGAGAGGGAGAGGGACGAGGUGCGGGGGCAGCACGACUUUGUGCGUGGGCUGUACGACCGUGCGUCCGCAGCGGCUGCCAGUGCCCAGUCGGCGCUAGGCGAGGCUGAAGCACGAGCAGGGCUGUUGGAGCGACAGCUGACGCAGGGGUUGAAGGUGCAUUCUGCCGCGCUCGAGAUGCAGGUGUCGAGGUGGAAGGGCAAGGUGCGCAGGCUCGAGGCGCAGGUGCAGCUGUACGAGGCACAGGAUAGACGCACGGAUCAAGGGGUGAGGAAGAAGGCGGCACUGUGGGAUGCGUUGCAGCGCGAAGAGAGCGAGAGGGAGAAGAUGCGGCUUGAUCGGAUUAGGGCGCACGACGAACGCAAGAGGCAGAUGGGGGAUGGUCUGGGUCCUUUUGCCCCGCCUCAACGCAACGAGCCAAGUGAGCUUCCCGACUCCAAGGCGAUGGAGGCGGAGGGUAGUGGCGAAGAGAUGGACGAGCUUGCGGCACUUGCACUGGAAGCGGCCGAAGCUGGCGAUACCCCGGCAACCGGUCGCAGUCGUCGUUCGCGGCGUGGGUUGGGUGCAUCCCACCCGCCACCCGCGGCAGGCGAGAUGGCCGCGCAGGUGGAAGCGGCUAACCUUGCGUCGGCUACAGCGAGGCAGGAUUCGGCACAGGAUGUCGAGGAUCAGUUUGCGCUCUUCCCGACACCGUCCGCGCCUGUGUGGACGCAGAGUCUGCCGUCGAGUCAUGCCGAGGUGGGAGGCGAAGAGGUGUUUCCCAUCACCCAGCCAUAG